AUGAGGGACGGUCAACAGAAGCGAGAUUCGAAACUAAGAGGAAUACUCGCAGGCAGCCAACUGACUGAUGCUUUUGAAUUCAAUCAGACAUCAGAUAUCCCCAGUGAUCGUCAAUUCUGCAAAUUCGAGGCGCACGUGACCCCUGCCGGUGUUCUAAAAGCUGUUAUGGAUCUCGGCGAAGAUGCCCAGUGUCUCGCUUUCACCCUGCCCCGUAACAGGGACUGGAAGGCAACCCAGUUAAAUACAACCGCGAGACUUGCUUUCUACCCCUUUGAUAUCAAUUGUCUAGCCGCGGACAUGGGCGCCUUCGUCACCGGACGUCCAGGAGACCCUGGUUCAGUCCAGGGCCAUAUCCUUGAAUUUAUUCAGGAACCCUCUACCCUUUCAGAGCCCGAUGACCUAGUUGUUUAUCAGCACCCACACCCAUGGAAUUUUUCGGUAGCUCCUCUGUUUACAUCCGAUGAGAAACUCGACCUCAUUAUGUGUGAUGCCCGCUUCCCCUUGGAUGACAUUGAGCUAAAAGAGACAAUGGACAUAGGCCGUACGCAACUAGUACAGCUCGCUCUUGGUCUCGAACACGUAAAGGAAGGUGGCAAGAUGAUCAUUCGCUUGUCGGAUAUUGAGUCAUGGACGGCUGUCGACUUGCUCUAUACAUUCACCCAGUUCUCCUACGUGGAUGUCUUCAAACAUGCCAGUACAGGUACCAGAUGGCCAGACUGCUAUCUUCUCGCCUCCAAUAUCCGUCCCCUGGAACUCGCAGCUAUUACGUCGGUUCACCGUUGGAAGAAAGCUUAGAGAGCUGCCACAUUCGAAA